AUGGCUCUAUCUUUUUGGCUGCUUGUUGGUGGUUGUGGCGCACUAGGAAUAAAAAGUUUUGCGAAUGAAGUGAUAUCUUCCUAUACUUUGAAACUCAUCACGUUGAAUUAUGCAAAUCUGUUAGCUAAAUGUUUUCUCAAGCAUAAUAUGUCUCAUUCAACGAAAACGAUCAUGUCGAAUGCACAUAAAAGUAAUAUUGGUUAUUUUAAUAUCCUUCACGUUGAGUUGAUGGCGCUAUAUAAUGUUAUGACUCAACCCAAGAAUGCCAAUUAUGGUGACGACAUUGAUAGAAUUAGUGAAUUACCUGAUAAUGCAAUUGAUUGCAUCCUCGAACGCUUGAAUGUCCGAGACUUAGUUAGGACCAGUAUUUUGUCCAGAAAGUGGAGGUAUGCGUGGAUUUCAGUCCCACUACUUGAGUUUCUAGGAGACUUUGUUGGUAGAUGCAAGGAUCUCGAUAACCCUGGUCAUAUGGCUUCUAGAAUCAUCACAGAAGUUCUUCUCCUCCACAAUGCGCCGAUAAAUACAUUUAUUCUUGAACUCCCCUCCAACUUCAAGAUCGUAUAUGAACACCUCAAUAAAUGGAUUCUGGUUUUGUCGAGGAACCAUGUUAAAUACAUUGAGCUUGUGAACCACGUUAAUUCCAUGGAUCUUGUGGACAUUGUGAACCAUGGGGUUAAGCCUAUUCUCAAUCGAAUUCCAUAUCAUCUCUUCUCUUGUCAGGAGCUGACUUACUUAAAAUUGAGCGGAUUUAACUUGACAAUUCGGCUUAAUUUCAUCGGCUUUAAAAGUUUGCUGCACCUUCACUUAGAAUCUAUUACAUUCGAGUUCGAUGCACUUCAUAGUCUUGUUUCGGGUUGCCCGCUACUUGAGAAGCUUUGCAUUUUAAAUUACUCUGGCUGUGAAUGUUUUAGUUUCUCCGCGCCUGCUCUCAAGGUCUUAAACAUUGACUCUCACAAUGCUGUCAAAUCAAUUUGUUUGGAGAAAACAACAAAUAUAAUUGAUUUUACACUUUUAGUUUUUCGGGAAAACGAAUCUUGUUUAAUAAAUUCUUUUCCAAAAGUUCAGAGGCUUACUCUCGGAUUAGGUUACAAGAUGCCGUAUGCAGAUAUCAUUCCUCCAACACAGCUGAAAAACUUAAGGUUUCUGGAUAUCUUUGACAUGAAUUUAAAUAAAAGAGAAGAACUUUUGUAUCUUGUUAGAGUACUCAAAAGUGCUUCUAACCUUGUGGAACUUGUUCUACAGAGUUGUUACUACUAUAAUGAAGAGCCUGACCAAGCAGAGGAGUUAGAAUGUAAUGGUUGUUGCUUUAGUCAACUUAAGACGGUGAAGAUCAAAGUUGGAACCAGCUUUAAACAUGAAAUGAGUUUGAUACGAUUCAUACUUGCAAACUCCCCGUCGUUAAAGACUCUUACUUUUGACAUUGUUGUGAGUAGUUGGAAUUUGGCUUUAUUGAAGUUCUUUUUAGUUGGUGAUGAAAUUUCAAAUUGGUGUUGGCUUUGUAAAAAAAUAAUGCCUCCAAGACUUGAUUCGGCUACUACUGGUGGACUAUACCAAUCACCAUAUGAAUAA